GCUUCAACUCAAGACGCGUCCUCAAGUCUUCUCACACAAAGGGUCGCCACAAGACAUUGCAGCAACUGCAUCUACGUAAGGGAUCAACUGCAGCAACAGCAGAAAUGUCUCGCACGAUUGCCAACAGUCACCAGGCUGAAUUACAAGUGUUUGAACGCUAUGGGACCAAGGCCAGGUACGCUAUUGGUUACAGCGACUGGCCAGAGAUGGCGGCUGGACUGGACCCCUUCAUCAUGAUGAAUGAGUUCGAAAUCACCAAACCAGGAGUUACCGACCAUCCACACCGAGGCUAUGACCAUGCCACCUACAUGCUGAGUGGAGCAGACAGCAAUGAGGACUCCAAGGGAUAUAAGAAUAGGGUCGAGUCUGGUGGCCUGCAGUGGUUGACAGCAGGUAAAGGAGUCGUCCACUGUGAGGUACCGGGCAGUGAUGAUGACACUAAGGACCACGGUCUGCAGCUCUGGAUAAACCUGAAGAGAGCGGACAAGAUGGUGGAACCAGCUUACCAGGAACUACUGAGCAAGGACAUCCCCAAACCCAGCAAGGACGGGGUUACCGUGGCUGUGCUUGCAGGGGAGUCGCUGGGAGAGAAGUCUCAGGUGUACACAAGGACCCCUACCAUGUUCCUGGACUUCACGUUGGAGCCAGGAGCGAAAUACACGCAAGCAGUGCCCAAAGGAUGGAAUGGCUUUGUGUAUGUCAUGUCAGGGAAUGUGCAUCUCGGCCCAGAGGACAAACAAACAGUGGGAAAACCUCACGACUCCCUGAUCAUGAGCGAUGGAGACGGACUGGCCCUGGAGAACAAGGGUCCGGAAAAAGUUCAAUUUGUACUGGUUGCAGGGGAGCCCAUCAAUGAGCCGGUCUGCCGAGGAGGUCCUGCAGGUCACUUUGUGAUGAACACAGAAGAGGAGGUCCGUGCGGCCCUUGAAGAUUGGAAAAGCGGCAAGAACGGGUUCGAGAACGCACCGACCUGGAAGUCUUCUGUUGUCGCUGAGCUCCAGAAGUAAACAGUUCUCAUGGAAAUACAGUCAAACCUGUCUAUGAUGAAAACAUUCACAAUAGACAAAAGACCACAAUAAAGAAAAUAUUAACACCCAAAAGUCACCACAAUGGUAAGGUGGUCACAAUGGAGAGGUUUGGCUGUAAAAAUGACAAACACUGAGCUGACCUUAUCACUUGUUAGUAAUAGUAUUGUGCUCAUCAUUCUAUAAAGCUUAAGAUGAACUGAGAUCGGUCUCUCACUUGUAACUUAUGUGUCGAUUUUGUGGACACUUCAAAGAAACAAGAGCAUUAUAUACAGCAAUCGUUCCCAUCCCAUAUUAUCCUAGCUUUUAGGUAAUGUACACCACACAUGUACAAGCGGAUGGAUACAUAGCUUUGGAAGCUCAAAUUCACAUAUCAUACCGAAUCCCUAUGUGAGCAUCAUAGUAUAUUGCCAUUGUCUGUUUGUUUAUUCUGUAGGAUGGCAUGUCCAACUAUGCUCCUAGAUCUAGAAACAUCAAAAUUUUAAUUUGUUCGUUUUCAUAUAUUCUUGUGUGCUAAAUCUACACCCGUGCAAUCGUUUGUUGAUUGCUUUGUUAAUUCGAAGAUUAAAACACUAUGAAUGCGUCACUAUAAUGUAUGUGGAUCUUGAUUUAGAAAUCCUUUACGGUUCAUCCAAAAGUGGGAUUAAUUUCUUCUUUUAUGGGUUUCAGCUUUCCUAAUCAAGAUGCUUACUGUCAGUAAACAAAAUGUCGUUCCUUACUACUUCCGAAAAAUACGACGCCAUCGAUCGGUCUAACGGUAUCUUUGCAGUGCCACCUA